AGUGAAAAAGCUUGUCGGGCUUGCGUAUCAUGAUGGUGUUCACAGUUCAGGUCACAAUGACGCGUCGGCUUGCGCGCAGGGCCAGGUGGCAAGCACCUUGUGGCUUGCAUUUCGUUUCAUUCUAAUGUUUUGGGAGCUACGAAGCAGGCUGUGAGCCAGGGCACAUCGGCUGCUUCUCGACGGGAAGUUCUCGUCAUGCGGCAUGGGCUGUGCAUGACCCAGCACUAAGUUAACUCCUGAAUUGUGUUGGUCUACUAAACCAUAUUGUUUGUAAACAAGGCCACUUAAUACCGUGUCAACUUUGGAAAAGGCGCGGCAGAUCUUGCAGAACAACUAGACCCUGCUGCGAGGCCUCGGUAAAAAUGAAGCUGACUUUCCGCACCAUUGCGGGAAAGAGCUUCAAUGUUGAAGCUGAGGACUCUAUGACUAUCGGCGCUUUGAAAGACAAAGUCCAGGAGACGCAGCCUGACUGCACGCGCGAGGCUAUGAAGCUCGUGUACAAGGGCAAGGUUCUGGACGAUGCCACCACGGUUGGGGACAACCAAGUGACGGAGCAGGGCUUCAUUGUGGUGUUCAUCCAGCCCAAGAAGGCUGAGGCCCCCAAGCCGGCUGCCGCGCCUGCUCCUGCCGCUGCGGAGCCCGCCGCUGCUACCGCUGCCUCGGUCCCGGCUGCUACUCCUACCGCGGCUCCCGCCGCCGACGCGCCCGCUGCCACUCCCGCCGCCGCGCCCACCGCCGCCGCUGCUCCUGCCGCCGCGCCGGCCGCCGGCGGCGCCCCCGCUGACUCCUACACGUCCGCUGCCUCGGGCCUUCUGGCGGGCUCGGCUCUGGAGACGGCCAUCGCUAACAUCUGCGAGAUGGGCUUCCCGCGCGAGGAGGUGGUUCGUGCCAUGCGUGCCGCCUUCAACAACCCCGACCGCGCAGUGGAGUACCUCAUGACAGGCAUCCCAGCGAACGCCGGGCCGCCGCCGCCCGCGGCCGGCGGGGCGCCGCCGGCGGCGGCGCAGGCGCAGCGCGCACCCGCGGCCGGCGGCGCGCCGUCCGCACAGGCACCCGCCGCGGCGCCUGGCGGCGGCGGCCCGCAGGCGCAGCCCUUCAAUAUGUUUGGCGGCCCCGCCCCCGGCGGCGGCGGCGGCGGUGACGCCGACCUGCCGCCCGAGCUGGCGGCGCUGCGGAACAACCCGGCCUUCGGCAUGCUGCGGGCGGCGGUUGCGCAGGACCCCCGGGCGCUGGUGCCGCUGCUGCAGCAACUGGGCCGGACCAAUCCGGAGUUGGUGCAGGUGAUCAACCAGCACCAGCAGGCCUUCCUGGCCAUGCUCACAGAGGCGGGGGACGACGACGAGGACGACGAAGGCGAAGGGGAGGACGAAGGGGAGAUGGACGACGCCAUGGCAGCGCUGCUGGGCGGCGCGGGCGGCGGCGGCGAGGGCGGAGGCAUGGUGGUGGAACUCAGCCCGGAUGACGAGGCGGCUAUUGGCCGGCUGGCAGCGCUGGGCUUUGACCGCAACGCCUGCCUGGAGGCCUACCUGGCGUGCGACAGGAACGAGGAGAUGGCUGCGAAUUUCCUGGCGGAGAACAUGUUUGACUAGGUUUGUUUGGUUAGGGCUGGUGGGGUUUUGGUGCUAGGAGCUAGAAGAGGACGGAUGUUUUGGGGGCGCGGGGAGGUAGGUAUGGCUUUUUAUUAGGGGCCCCGAACCGGUGGGUGCGGGCGGCGUCGGCGGCCGCCAGUACUGGUGUGUAGCGGGGCGCAACGCACUGGGUGCCGGCAAGUAAGGUAGGGGUAUGUCGCUGUUUGGUUGGGCGAAGGAUGUGAGUGGUGCGGUUGCAAGACCUAUCCGAGUGGAACAGUGGCAGGAACAGCGGCACGGACACCUUGCCCGCAAAGUGAUAGAGUACGGCGGGCAGCCAUGUAACGGAUGUAUGGGCG